AUGUUGAAAGGCGCACACGAGAGGCGGGUUUCCAGGUCCAUCCAACCUGUGUCCUUUGUCAGAGCUGUCGAUGAUUUCGGGGAAAAGCAGAAGAUGCCUUCGAAUACAAUACAGCCACAGCGAAGAACUAGCAGAGCGCCUCUGGGAUUCGGGCGCCGUGAUCUGAUUGCGCUUCAGAAACUACAGGAAAGAAUAGAAACACCCGAACAGGUUGAUGAUGAAAAACUUUUAAGAAAACUUCAAAAGAUAUUUGAUGCCAAAGAGGAGGAAGAAGAAACUGGUUUGACGAUUGACGAGUUUGAAGCCGCUAUGCGCAAUACUGUUGGUCGCCACAGCACAAAGGACGAAAUUGAACUGCUGUUCAUGAAAGUUGACGCAAACUGCGACGGUGCUGUGGAUUGGGAGGAAUAUGUGACCUAUAAUUUACUUGAAUAUAAAGAAAAGACGCGCAUGUUAGAAAUGUUGCGAGAGAAACCAUUUCCUAAUGAAAUCCAAGACAUCGAUAGCAGACAUCGCGAUACCAUUGUUAAAAUCUUGUUUUAUCCAGCCGUUAGAAAAAGUGGAUCCAAAAGUGGUUCAGUAGACCUGAAAGUUGGCAAAUACAUGACCUUAAGCAAAGAAGGUACACUUGGCCUUUGGACUCUCGGGAUGCGGAACUUGAAAUACUACAAUGCCAACCAUUACACAAACAGAAACACGCAGCCCUGGUUCACUGAUAUGGUCGCGAUGUACAAUGUGAACAUGCUAGCUAUCACUUCUACCGAUCGCGAUAUCACCAUAUUUGAUUUGUCUGGCAAAAAGUUUACAAUGCGCUACUAUUUGACUGGUUUCGAAAGCUGCAUUACUGCCAUGGACUACUGGGUUGACUUCGAAGACAUGAACAAUGCAUUAUUGCUGCUGGGCGACCAAUCUGGCAGUGUAUUUUGUCUAAUGUUCGACUCGUCUCUGCGUGGUGGGCCAUUUGGGACCGUGAACGGCAAAAAGAACACAUGUAAGCGUAUCAUUUUUCCGGAAGUGCUCCGAGGAUUCUCGUUUGGCGUAAAGGCACAGAAAAAGAGCAACAUACACAAUGAUUGGGUAAACAAAGUGCAAUAUCUCCCUGAUAUCAACUGUUUUCUGUCUUCAUGUCAGUGCCCCCAUACUGCGCUGUUUUUCGGGGACUUUAAUGGCAAGAAAUCGCACGUGUACUUUAAGGUGAAUAAAGGUAUCCUCAGUUUUGACUACUCCCAGACACUGAACAUUAUAGUGACGGGCGGCAUGGACUACUUGCUGAGAGUGUGGAACCCGUACGUAAACAACAAGGCCAUCGUUCUCUUAAAGGGUCACACUAAACCGGUAAACCACGUCAUCAUCUAUGAUUCCAAGAACCAAGUUAUAAGCAUCGACAAAGGGCGAUCACUCAGGGUGUAUGACCUACGGGACCAAACUUGCCUUCAACAAAUCAGCGGUCGCAUGAUCAAGUUUGAUCCCCUCCCAAUAUCGGCGGUGUAUUUCAACCCGGUGAUACCGACGACGCUGCUGGCAGCGAACCAGAUAGUGAUGCUGGAGAAGCGCGAUGAUGAAGAGAAGUGCGCGGAUAUCAUGUCCCACAACAAGCCCGUGGUGGCCGCGCUCUACAGUCAUGUGUUCGGCUCCACGGUGAGCGCAUGUCAGGAGUCUGUGGUAAGCGUAUGGGACACAGACACGGGGGACAAGCUUAUGCAAUUCGUGAACGCACACAGCUGCGUGCAGAGGGGAGUAGAGGUUCCGGUGGAGAUAACUGCUCUGUGUUUUGACUACAAUGGUCGACGGCUGGUAACUGGCGCAAGAAACGGAACUGUGCACGUGUGGAAUUUUAACAAUGGCUUGCGAAUGCAGGACUUCGAACUCCCCGACGGCUCAGCGGUGACUGGAGUUGCAUGCACCGCACAUAGUAUAUACACCAGCGGUUGGGGGAAAAUCGUACACAUCUACAUUGACGGUGCCAGCGAGGACCACCGAAAAAGCUGGAAAAUGCGUCACAAGGAGGACAUCCUGUGUAUCGCGCACUUUCCACCCAACCUCAUCGCGACUGGCGGCUACGACGGGGACGUAGUGAUCUGGUCACGUGACACUGGUCAGGUUUACUGUCGUCUGAACGCGUUCAACAGCGUCAAACCGGUGACGGAGUGUGCACCGCGACACCAUGGCAACCUGGUAAAUUCUUCAGCAAAAUCGCAACCGAAAUCAACCAGCAGUGACGAAUCACAGAUGGAUGUGACCCAUUCGAAACAGUGGAAGAAGCGUAAAGCUAAAAUAACGCGCACUUUUGGUAUGCUAGCAAGCCUUCAGGGUCAUCAACGAGACGAAGAUGAAGUGUGUGAGCACCCUCUUUUAGACGCUCUGGAUUCCAAAGUGUUCAGCACCAAAGAAAAGACAGUACACACUAGAACCGAGUACGACACAUUAUGUAAACACUACGAGUCCGCUGUGGAGAAAAUACUAUUUCUGGAAAGCCGGGAGCCGCUACACAAGGACACGGCCAUCAUCGUGACGAGUGGCGCCGAGGGCUGGAUCCGGUUCUGGUCAAUGCACCACGAGGGCGGGCUUCUUGGCCAGUUUAACGCCGCCCAUCAGUUCGGAGAAAGCGUCCUUGCCAUCAAGUGUGACGCUGCCGAGACUUUCUUGGUCACAGGCGACACCCAGGGCUACGUUAAAGUUUGGGAUAUCAUGGACUUCUGCAUUUCAAAGAAAAUAAAUAUGAAAGAGAAGAGAGAGCGUAUUGACUAUCUAAGAAAGUCUUUUACAUUUUACAGAGUGGAAAACUACGAGGGCGAGAAGCAGUUUUAUACCGUUCCUGAUCACUUGAAGAAUGUGUUCGCCAACCGUCCUCCUCCCGCAUCUAGUGAGCCGGGUCGCACGCUCCGCUACCCACCGCUCGUCAACUCCUUCCGGGCGCACACGAGUUGUAUUCACAGUGUUGAGUAUGUGAGCCACCGCCAAAUUCUCAUUACAGCAAGCAGGGACUGUUCCGUCCGGAUGUGGACGAUCAAUGGUCAGUACAUCGGCACGUUCGGUGGUCAGGCAUGGAAAUCUCUCCCAAAAGUCGUGGAUAACGAAUACUUUCUGGCGCAGAUUCCCAACGAUAUCAAACGAACGGGGUCUGCACGGACGCUGAAGGUAAUGCAUGGCGGGAAGACGCCCCGGUGGCAGAGUGCUAUAUCCAUCCUGCGCGAAAGGGGCUUCAAGCGUCUCAAAAAGCAGUUUGACCACCUGCAACCCACUGCCGAGGCGAGGGAUGAAUCGGAUCACGGGGACGGAGACUUUGUGACCAGUGAUAUCCUGGGCAAGUCAUACAAGCGGACCACCCGGCACCGGAUGGCACCUAAGCUUCCCAAGUUCAUAGAGACCCCUGGAUCGGUUGCGGUAUACCACGCCUUGUCGUUUGUGGAGCUGACGCCGGUUGAGAAGAACAACCGUAUCAUGAAAGAGAUUCAUGACCGCCGGGCUGGCAACAUCGCCCUUAACCGCCUACGGGGUGUGCAGAACCGAAAACAGGACCAGCCCGGCUUCAUGUCCUUGUUCACUAAGAUGGUUACAAAACCCAAAACCUCUCCACGUAAACCGCCACCGGCAAACCGUAUGAAGAAAGUCGCGGAAAGGUUUCAAGGUCCCAUUCAAACGGAAUCUGCCCAGCAGCAGCAGGCGCAGAAACAGCAGCAGUUAUCCGUCCUACAAAAACGGGCAAUAUCAACUAAGAAAAUCAAAAAUCUCGAAAAACAUGCAGACGACACAUCUCAGAACGAGGAUCAGUCUAGGCAGUCACGUGCCGAGAUUGCAGACGAGACAAUGGAGGAGUUUGACUUUCCACUUGAGCGCCACGUCUGUUUUUUGUCCGACUAACCAGUCCCAACACUGAUAUCACGUUUUCAUCCAUUAUGGAAUAAAUAUUUCACAUGUCGCUAUGUUUAUUUCCUGUUCAGUUCGAUAUUUCUAUUCAUGUCUGUCCUUGACAUUAGCGGUCAUGUACGCGGCGGGAAAAUGCGUUAUGUGCAGAUUUGAUGUGGGCAAGUAACUUUGAGUUAACGAAGUUCUUAUGUACCGGACAUGAA